AAAAUAUAAUUUAAUAAAGAUUGAAUAAAUACAAUAAGCAACCGCUUAGUAUGUAUUAUUUUAAGAUUAAUCGAAAAAACAUUUAAAUAAUUAACAUUUUUUUGAAAUUGGCGGGUCAAUCUUAAGUCAAUUAGCAUAUCCGGCUUCCUGUAAAAGUGACAGAAAAACUUAAAGGUCAAAGAAUCGCAUAUUUUUUCUUAAGUCCGGAUAAUUUCUUUAAAAAGAUGACGGAUCUGGAAUCGCCUAGGAAAAACAAUGACUGCUAUUUCUACUAUUAUUCCACAUGUGCAAAAGGUGAUAGCUGCAUGUUUCGACAUGAACCGUCUGCGUUAGGCUGUGAAACAAUGUGUUCAUUUUGGAAGGAAGGAAAAUGCUUAAAUGUACACUGCAAUUUUAGACACAUGGAAUUGAGGAAAAAUCGUAAAGUAAUUCCUUGCUAUUGGGAAUCGCAGCCUGGAGGCUGUAAGAAACCACACUGCCCUUUUAUGCAUCAAAGUAAAACCGAUGAGGAGAAUAUGGAGAAGUCUGACAUAACUAAAGAAAAAAUGAAUGCUGACAUGGUGGUAUCAGAAAAAUGUCAGGCAAACGAAAACUAUAAAAAUUCAGGUGUGGACAGUCUAGUGGUGAAUUUCGAAGAAGAAUCUGAUACUGAAUUGGCUCCACCAAACUCGCCCAAUAAACAACAAAGACUUGUCAAAGUUAAAACUUUGGAGGAAAUUAAAUUGGAAAAAAUACAAGAAGAAUCAGCCGCAUAUUAUUCAUACACAGGCUACCAACAACCGAACAUGAACGCCGACAACCUAAGAAAGCGAAUCAUGGACCGCCUAGGCGAAAAAGUAUCAUCGAACCCAGCAUUUUCAAUGGAAAGGAGAGCCCAAAAACGAGAAACCGAAACGGAGCUAGAAAACAGACCCAAAAAAUUCAAGCAGGACGUCACGGAGAUAAAAAUAAAAACGCUGGCUGAAAUACGGGCGGAAAAGAGAAAGAACCAGCAAAAUUCUAGCUCUGGGGAGAAGAAAAGCAAAAUCGACGAGUCGGAAGUUACCAGCACGAGUGAUACAUCAGAAAGCACAAAACUAGAAGUGAGCCCCAAACGCAAGAUCAAGCUGCGCAGAAGACCCAUAUUGUUGGACAGCAAUACACCAAAUAGUACACAACCUGAAGAAAAUCCACCAGAAAAGACUGAAACGCACGAAAAUGUGGUUACAAACAGUGGUGAAAUGCCAGAAGAAAAAUUAUUUGAAACCGACUACCUUCUGGAAGAAAAAGAGAAAUCAAAGAAACGCCUAGAUAGAAGUGACAGUAACAAAACAAUGGAUGAUUUUCUUUUAGAUGAUGAUGAGGAUGAUGGCAAUGAAGUCAGUAUUAGAGCAGAAGAAGAUUUAUUAAAUGAAAUUGAUAGUAUAUUGGAUGACUAAACAUCUACUAUUUUUUUUAAUGAUAACAAACCACGUAGUAAUAAUUUACCCAGAACAUAUUCUUAUACAUGUUAUUUUAUUAUUAUAGUUAUUUUUAAUUUAUCUUAAUGAAUUGUUAGUUUCAUUGUUUUUACUUAGGUUCACAGAGCAUAACUUAUAUAUCAAAAUAUCAAAUGGUCUCAAAUAGUACCCAUUCUAGUACUUUAAUUAAUAA